AUGGAACGGACUACAAAGUUAAGUCAAGCAGAAAACGCAGAGCUCAAGAAUGAAAUUGCAAAAUUAAAACGAGCUGUUAAGAAUAUUGAAAAGCAAAAUCAUCCAGUUACUAAUGAUUUAAAAUCUUCGGAAUAUUCCACUUCAUUACCUAACAAGAGUUGCUCAAAUGGUGAAAAUGCGCAGAUUAAAGAUUCUUCAACUCACCACGAAGCGGAUCAAUCCAUGACUAGCACUGACUUAGUAACUUCAGAACAGUUAACUUGGAGAGAAUGCAAUAUUAAUUGGAUGCUAGCUUGUCCUGAUCCAACCCCAAUCGCAUUUUUUCGAUAUACAUUUCCAGCACAUAAAACUAAAGCUUCUGAUAAUUAUUGGAAAACACUUGAUCUGGCUUUGAAUAUGGCUAACAAUCAGGAAAUAAAAGAUAAGCUCAAGAUAAUGAAAGAAACGGCGGAUAUUCUUGUUUGUCGUAAUGUACGUAGUACCAAUCUUAAUCUUCACAAAGAGAUAAACACGUUGUCAUUAAACAAGGACGAAUCAUUGGCAAAAAAUACCAACUUAGGUAUAAAAUUUUUUAUAAGCAAGGGUAAUGACGACAAGGUUUAUAAAGAUGGUAUCGAUGAUAGCGACAUUUAUAAUAACUUCAUAGAACGUGGAGAAGAAAAUCAACCAACUACUCAUCGAUCGUGGGUUCUCAAAAGUGGUACCAACGUUGGAGACGAGUUAGCAAAAUAUGUUAAGACAAUUCCUGGGGCUCAUAAAUGUUUGAACCUCGCAUACUGGAACAUUCUUGAUUUAACAGAAGACACCCAAAUAAAACCUUUUUUUUCAACAGAUGACUGGGAAGAAAUAAAUGAAAGCUUUAAAAAAGAAAUAUCCAAAAAAAAUGAUGAAUAUAUUAUCAAUGCGAUUGAUGAUUUGACUCCGGAGAUGAUAGAAAAAAAUAGAAAAGUCAAAUUCAGUGAUGAGGAUAAGGAGAUCUUUAAUGGAUUAAGAUGUGCCGUUAUUACCUAUGCCGAAAAUUUGAAGGAUCUUGAAGUUCCCAUAUCAGAAGCCGACUUUGACAAUUCAUUUCCAAAUAUGUUAACAAAAAGAUUUUUAAACAAACGUGAUCUCAAAAUGGAUGUCGGGGAAAUUGCUUGUUGGGCUUCUGCCCGUCGAAGAAACGAGGGACGCUCAAUAGUCCUCCGAGCACGCAUAGGCCAAAAGUGCGAUUUUCGGGGUACUUUGAAAAACAGCAUUAAUAACCUUGAAGCCAUUAUUGGCCUUAGAAGUGGUAAUCUCCCUGUUGCACAUCGCAAAAAAAUUCAUGAGGAUAGAGUGGAUCUUUCCAUAGCAAUGCACGAUGUUCUGUAUAAUUUUUUUAAAACAAAUCCCAAUGCAUCUGGAAAUAGCUUCAUAGUACAUAUGUUCUUGGAAUUCAAUCGUGGGAUAGGGUGGAUCCACGAAACUUAUGGCAUGGACUGUAAGGCUACAAAUGUAUUAUGCUUAGGAAGGCUUUCUCAGAAAAAGAUGCCCAAUACUUUAAAAACGCUUGCAAUUCUUCAAGGCUUUUAUGCUACUAUGUCGGACAUCAAGUCUACAUUGAAAAUAAUUUGUGAUCACACAAAUGGUGUCUCACUUUCCGACUCACGUUUACAUAGAGAACGCAAAAGAAAAAUUCCAGUUUACAGCGAGCAAUCCGGAUUGUUCAGUACACCUUCAUCAAGUCCAAUAAAGAAAG